UCGAUAUUCUUCAUAUAUUAUUUUUCAGAAGUUAUGGCUGAACAAAUCGAGACAGACAUAAGCGGCAAUGCAAACUGGAGACUGAAGAAAGUAAAUGAACUCUGGUUUUUAGAUAUAGGUGGCAAACUAAAAAGGCUUAAAAUGUUGGACACUGCAAUUAAAGUUGAUUUGAAGGAAAACAUAAUUUUUGCAGACGAAGACAUGUAUCAGAUAAUUGACGAAAAUGGUGAAGUAAUGAUUACAGAAAUAAAGAACAUUGAUCAGGAUGUUCCUUUCGUGAGAAAAAGUAGGAAACAGAAGGAGGAAGUGGGACUUUUUGCAGGGAAUAAAAGAAAAGAACUCACUUUAGAUAAUAGACAAGAAGAAAGUUAUGACAUCGGGAGUGAUUUAUACGUAAAAAAGAAGGGAAAAUUCCGGGUAUUCAUUGAUCGCAUAAGACAAAUUAAGAAAAAGAAACCAGAGCAGAAAAAGACAGAGGAGCCUUUAUACGAAGCUAUCGAUAUGAAUGACAGCCUACGUGAUGAUUUAAGUGUUACUGAUUUUGAUGACGAGGACACUUCAUUCAAAGAACAUGAGGACGAUUACGCCACUGUUUCGUCGGUGUCGGGAAUGAAGAAUGUUACAGCAAUUUUUGAUUUUGAAAAACUUUCUGACGAAGAGAUGACCUUUAAAAAGUUUGAUGAGCUAACAAUCCUUGAAGAUAUCGUAAGUGAGAACUCUGAAUGGUGUUACGCAGAACAUUUGUUGACGAGAGAAAAGGGCUUCGUUCCAGUUUCAUACGUAACUAAAGAUGAUCCUGAACUAAUUGCACAAGAUUGGUGGCAUAAUAUAGGAAGGGAUGAAGCGACAAUUUUGUUAUCUAACCUUCACAGACCUACAGCAGGAACAUACCUUGUAAGGCCUUCUGACGGAGACAACAUUUAUGCAUUAUCGAUGAUUGUUCCGGCUACACCUAACAAAACACAGCAAAUUGUUCACUACGCUAUCAAAUCACGACUCGGUAGAUUAUACAUAUCCUAUGGCAAGCAAUUUAAGGACAUUUUUGCGCUUGUUGAUCAUUACAAACGUGAAGCAUAUGGACUGCGAUGGAAACUGAAAAUACCUGCCCUAAGACAAAAACCUGUUAUUUACCCAAAGAGUAUAGAAAUUCAUAAAAAAUCUAUUGAUAUUAUAAAGUCUAUAAAAGUUGGUAAAUUUGGAGUCCUUUAUGAAGGAAUAUUGUGCAACAUCUUUGAUGUUACUAUCGUAACCGAAUGCAAAAGUGAAGUAGGACAUUUUUUGGCUGAAGCUAAUCAUCUAUACGAAUUUCUUCACAGCCAACAUUUUGUCAGAGUGAUAGCUGUUGUACUAAAACCCAAACCAUUUAUGAUUGUGCUCUUGGAGACUGUUCAAGAUACGCUGCAAAAUUAUUUGAGGAAAUGUGAUCAAACAGGAGUAUCUUUUAAAAGGAUGACAAACAUGGCUGCAGAGAUUGCUGAAGGUAUGGCGUUUCUGGAAGAAAAAGGUAUUGUCCAUGGAAAUUUGAAAGCGGAAAACGUCUUAAUUUGUGAGCAUGAUAAACUUAAGAUAUUGCAUCCAAAACUCAUAAAACUUAUGGGAACGAGUGUCAAUGAUAAACAUGAAGAAGGCGACACGGAAUGGCAAUGGAUAGCACCGGAAGUAAUAACAGAUGAAAGUGUAUUGUGUACAAAGUCUGACGUAUGGUCGUUUGGAGUUGUGAUUUAUGAAACACUCACUUUUGGUGAAGUGCCGUAUGCAGGUUUGGAAAAGGAAAGGACUUUGCAUGAUUUUUUCAGUGGGAAUUUCCGGCUACCAAUACCAGAAGGACAAGUCCAAUGUCCUGUUGAAUUUUACAACACGAUCAUUCAAUGUUGGAAUCAAAUUCCGGACCAUAGACCUACAUUUGAUUGGCUUUACAAUUAUCUUGAUGAUUUUGAAAACGCUUUGGAAUCAGAAAAGUUCUCAAAAGAUGCACAUGUUGAUCAAACUGCAAGCAGCAAAAAUGUUGACAUUACACCAGGAUUUGAUGUGACAGCCUUGUACGAUUACACAGCAGAGGCUGAUAACGAGAUUUCUUUUGACCCAGGCGACAUCAUAACAAACAUAGAUCCAAUAGAUGCUGGUUGGUGGAUUGGAACAACAGCAAGUGGAAAACGUGGGCUGUUUCCAGCAAAUUAUGUGAUAAGUAGGUGA